UUUUUAGAAAAAUCUUAGAUUUAUUUAGUCUUUAUUCUUCCAUUUUCGGGAAACGAACUGAACUGAGCUACUGAUUUUUUACUAGAAGUUGGCAAUGUUGCUGUCUCACCGAAAGGAAAACAGUUAUUUAUGUUUAGAGUUUUUUUAUUAACUUUUCGCAUGUAAAAUUAAAAAAAAUUAAUAUUUGUAUAUAGUAAUAUUAAUAAAGAAUUAUACUUAUGAAUUCUCAGGCCCAAACCGAAGCUUCUCAUGCUGCUGAAGCUACUAGGAAGCGGACUGCUGCAAGGAAGUUGAUUGAACGAUAUUAUUUCCAGCUUACUGAUGGCUGUGGGAAUCAGUCAUGUGCUAAUGAGAAUUGUGCAUCUUGCCAAAAGGCGCCUAAAUUAGAGCCUGAUGAAGCUGCAGCUCGUGCUAUUCAGCUGUUCAAGUCAAAGGCCAAACUCUGUGUACCCCCAUGUCCUCCUCUCAAUAACUUUCCUCGGAAUGUACCAAAUGGUGCAAAUCAUUUUGAACUUCCUAGUACGCUUGCUCAAGCAGAUGUGCGCUUGUGCCGUAAAGCCAAAAGAAAUGGCUCCAGCAAAAUGGACACUAAUAUAGAGGAUGGUGAUGAUUCUGCAUUGAGUAAAUCAUCAAUUGAUCCUCAAACUUCUGUUUCAGUUAGUCAUUCUUCACAAAAUACACCAUCUCCUGUAUCUUCAUGUUCUGAAGGUGCAAGAGAAUCUUCUCAUCAAAGUGUUUUAAGUUUGGAUGAAAGCAGUUUACUAGAAAUCAUAGAGAAAUGUCAGACUGAUAACAAUUUUUCCUUGUUAAUAAGAACUCUUGGACAUGUUUUUUCAAAAGAGGAGUCAUUAAAACUAAGUUUUAAAAGAGAUCUCACCAAAGAAAAUAUUUCCAAAGAAGAUAUCAGAGCAAUGGAAGUUGAUGAAGAUAAAGACAAAGACUCAUCAUCAGAAGACGCUUGCAUGGAAGAAACUGAUGUGAAACCCGGUGUAGUUACUGUUGACAUUUCUUCAGUGCGACGAGCUUUCUCUGCACUUUUUAAAAUACCAGAGUAUCCGUUUCAAAGAGCACUGAUAAAUGCUCUCAUAAUCUUAUCAGAGAAUUUAGAAUUUGAUUUAAAGUAUGGCCAGAAACAAAAUAUUGACCCAUCUCUUUUAAAUAUCUUUGUUAUUGUUAUGGAAAUCCCCAUGAUGCAGUGCCCUGAGUAUUUAGAAAAAGCACUGCCAGCCUUUUGUAAAGCUGCCUCUUAUUUACCGGUUCGAAGCCAAGCGGUACUUGCUCGUACCUGGAGCACUUACCAGCCUGAUCGUUUGCGUGAAAUGUUGAAUGUACUUCACCAGUUCAUAUCUCUUAAAGUGAUUCAGGGAGGGUUCACCAGAGAGUACUGCAUAAAUGAUGAAGAUACAAUUAUUGCUGCCACAAAACUUAUGAAAAUUAUUUAUUAUGCUAGUUUACUUGGUGGUGAAGUUGAAGACACAGAACUAACAGACGAAGAUAAUGAAUUGGUGGAAGAAGAUGAGAACUUGCGAGAACUAUUAGGUGCCAGUGCUGGUAGUGAACCCAAAGAAAAUUCUAGGUUAAAGCAGGAUCCUCUUAGUGUCGAACUAAAUAUCAAAGCGAUUGAUUGCAGGAAACCUCUUUUAUAUUUUGAUGAAUUUUAUAAUGAACCACUUAGCGAACAACUUGAAAUGGAUAGAGAUUUUGCAUAUUAUAAAGCUGAUGGUGGAAAUACUGGCAAAUUUUCAUUCAUGAAUUACUCUUUCAUUUUAACUCCAGCUGUGAAAUCAAUGGGUUUAUAUUAUGAUAACAGAAUACGCAUGUACAGUGAACGCCGGAUGUCUGUCCUUCAAAGUAUUGUGCAUGGUGCUCCACCUAAUCCUUAUUUGAAGUUACGAGUUCGACGGGAUCAUUUAAUUGAUGAUGCUCUAGUUGGGUUGGAGAUGGUUGCGAUGGAAAGCCCAACCAAUUUUAAGAAACAGCUUGUUGUUGAGUUUGAUGGUGAACAAGGUAUUGAUGAAGGAGGAGUGUCUAAAGAAUUUUUUCAAUUAGUUGUUGAAGAAAUAUUUAAUCCAGAUUUCGCAAUGUUUACUUUAAAUCCAGAGACACAGUCCUAUUGGUUCAAUCCAACUUCAUUUGAAAAUGAUGCACAGUUUACAUUGAUAGGAAUAAUUUUAGGACUAGCAAUUUAUAAUAAUGUCAUAUUAGAUGUUCAUUUUCCAAUGGUUGUUUACCGGAAACUGAUGGGGAAGAAAGGAACUUUUUAUGAUUUAAAAGAUUGGAAUCCUAGUUUGUGGAAAGGAUUGAAUGACUUAUUAUCUUACACUGGUGAUGAUGUGGAAAAUGUUUUUAUGCAGUCUUUUCGUAUAACAUAUACAGAUGUUUUUGGCACUGUUUUAGUGCAUAAUUUAAAGGAAAGUGAUGAACUUUUAGUGAAUCAAGACAAUAAAGAAGAGUUUGUUCGACUAUAUUCAGAUUUUUUGCUUAACAAGUCCAUUGCUAAACAGUUUCAAGCAUUUAAAAAGGGUUUUCAAAUGGUUACAGAAGACAGUCCACUACGUAUACUUUUCAGACCUGAAGAAAUAGAACUUCUUGUUUGUGGUAACAAGAAUUUUGACUUCAAUGCAUUAGAAAGAGCAACUGAAUAUGACGGUGGUUAUUUGUCUGAUUCAGAUGUGAUAAAAUGGUUUUGGGAAUUAGUUCACGAUUUCACCCUUGAACAAAAAAGAAAGCUUCUUCAAUUUACUACUGGAAGUGAUAGAGUUCCUGUUGGUGGCCUGAGUAAAUUGAAAUUAGUCAUAGCUAGAAAUGGCGGAGAUAGCGAUAGGUUACCUACAGCACAUACGUGUUUUAAUGUGUUACUUCUUCCUGAAUACGAAACAAAAGAAAAAUUAGAAGACAGACUGUUAAAAGCUAUCAACUAUUCUAAAGGAUUUGGAAUGCUCUGAUGAGCAGCUCUUUUUCCUUAAACAGUGCUUUAUCGAGAGAAUUUCUCUUCUCGCGCCACUUUUGUAAAUAAUAGAAUUACAUUAAUUUACAUUCUGUACAGCUCUCUCUUUCGGAAUGUUUAAUUCCCCCUUCCCUUGAUGAAUAUUGUGUAGUGUUUGUUUGUAUCUUCAUUUGUUCAUGUUCUUAAUAAUGUGCAUUUUUU